AUGCCAAAGGUCGACCGCCGGGCAAAGCUCGCCGAGCUCAAGGCCCUCCGUGCAGCGGGCAAGAAGGCCUUUGAGAGCUACCAGGUUGAGGAUGCCGACAAUCUCUACGACGAGGUGGACGAGGCCGGCUACAAGGAGAUUGUGCGAGACCGCCUGAAUCAGGACGACUUUGUGGUCGACGACAAUGGCGAGGGCUAUGCCGACGACGGCCGCGAGGACUGGGACAGAGUGCGGCAGUACGAAUCAGACAGCCAGGGAGAAAACGAGCUGCCGGUGCGUGGGAGGCCGAGUAAAUCAGAGGCAGCCAAAAAGAGCCGCGAGGAAGAGCAGGCCAAGCGGGAUGCCAACGACCGCAGCAUCACCGAGUACUUUACCAAGGGCGCCGGUAAAGCACCGCCCAAACCAAAGGUUACCAAGACCAAGGCCGACGAUGACUUCCUUACGGACCUCCUCGGAGAGGUAGACGCCAACAUUCCCGCUCCAGCUCCAAGGGCAUCCAGGGUCGAGCGGGCUGGUGGUGAAAGACGCAGGGCCCGAGACUUAUCCCCUGCGCCGGAGCCCAGCCACAAGAAGCAGAAGCGGGUUGAUGUUCGAUUGCCGUCACCAGAGCCCGCACCUGCGAGCUUUGACGACGACGACAACGACUUCGCACCCUUGAUUGAUGACGAGCCCAUGAUGCCCAUGAGCGACCCGGCGCCGUCCUCCCCCGCGGCCAAAGUCGCCCAACGCAAGGCCCUGGUAAAGCAAGAGCCGCAAAGCGACGACGACGACGAUAUGAUGGAGGUUGCUCAUGCCGGCGCUGUCAAGGUUGCCAGUGUAAACAUGGCAGCUUCUCGACCGGUGAAGAAGAUUAUCAAGGAAGAGCCGGCGGUGGCUUCGUCCCCCAUCAAGGCCCCAGACGUCUCGGUCGAUCCCACAUCUUGGAACGAACUCACGGAGAAGCUCAACGUCGUGAGCAUCCCCAUGUCGGAGUCCAAGGGUAUUGGCAAAAUAGACCACAAUGACGCCAUCGAGGCUGAUGGAUCCUUGAACUUCUUCUGGACUGAUUAUACCGAAAUCAAUGGCAGUCUCUGUCUCUUUGGCAAAGUGCUAAACAAGAAGACACAAUCAUACGUCAGCUGCUUUGUCAAGAUUGACAAUAUCCUCAGAAAACUCUACUUUUUACCCCGUCAACAGCGCGUCCGGGAUGGUGAAGAAACUGGAGAGGAAGUAAAUAUGGGCGAAGUCUACGACGAAGUUGACGACAUCAUGACCAAGAUGAAUGUUGGCAUGUACAAGAUCAAAAAGUGCGAGCGGAAAUAUGCCUUUGAGCUGUCCGAGAUCCCCAAGGAAGCCGAGUACAUGAAGCUCUUGUAUCCUUACACAAAACCCGCAAUCAACAUGGAUGCAAAGGGAGAGACCUUUUCCCACGUCUUUGGCACCAACACUGCCCUAUUCGAGCAGUUUGUCCUUUGGAAGAACAUCAUGGGCCCUUGCUGGCUCAAGAUCCAAGAUGCCGACUUUGGUGCCAUCAAGAAUGCCUCUCACUGCAAGCUCGAGGUGUUGGCCGAACACCCCAACAUGGUGUCGACCAUCAGCGACUCUGACAACAUGGACAUGCCCCCGCUGACGCUGAUGAGCAUCGCUCUCCGAACGGCUUUCAACGCAAAGGAGAACAAGCAAGAAGUCCUUGCCAUCAGUGCGCGAAUCUACGACAAGGUGCAUCUCAGCGACACAACCCCCGCCGAGAAGCUCCCGUGCAGAACGUUUACCGUCAUUCGGCCUCACGGACAGGCCUUUCCCAUGGGCUUUGACGCGCUCGUAAAGAAGAGAGACAGGGGUCUCAUUGUCCUGAAGAAACAAGAAUCCGACUUGCUGAGCUUCUUCUUGGCCCAGGUUGACGUAGCAGAUCCCGAUGUAAUCCUCGGCCACCAGCUGGAAGGUGUUGAUUACAGCGUGCUCCUGCACCGUCUGUUUGAGAAAAAGGUCCAUCAGUGGUCGAGGCUCGGAAGGCUGCGACGAACCCAGUGGCCAUCUGCCAUUGGAAAAGUUGGCGGCAACGUGUUUGCCGAGCGUCAGGUCAUGGCCGGCCGGUUGCUGUGCGAUCUCGCCAACGAUGCAGGAAAGUCCGCCAUGUUCAAGUGUCAAACGUGGAGCUUGACGGAAAUGUGCAGCCUAUAUCUCACAGGUGACAACCGCCGUCGUGAUGUCGACAAUGAAGUGGCUCUCAACACCUGGGCCAAGGAGAGCCAGGGCCUCAUGGACUACGUGACGCAUAUGGAAGCUGAUACGCACUACAUUGCCGCGCUGGCUGUCAGUGUACAGCUGCUGCCUCUCACCAAGGUCUUGACCAACUUGGCUGGCAACUCUUGGGCUCGUACCCUGACCGGUACUCGCGCUGAGCGAAACGAAUACAUUCUCCUCCACGAAUUCCACCGCAGCAAGUACAUCUGUCCCGACAAGCAGACAUUCAAGGGCCGGCAAAAGGCCGAGGAGGAGCAUGCCGAGGACGAGGGAGGCGAAGGCAAGAAAAAGGACAAGUACAAGGGUGGUCUCGUCUUUGAACCAGAAAAGGGUCUCUAUGACAAGUUUGUCCUUGUCAUGGAUUUCAACUCUCUGUAUCCUUCCAUCAUCCAGGAGUUCAACAUCUGCUUUACCACUGUGGAUAGAACGGCAUCGGCCGAGGAUGAAGACGCUGUCCCCGAAGUACCUGUUAACCAAGACCAGGGCAUUCUCCCUCGCCUCAUUGCUACACUCGUCAGCCGUCGUCGCCAAGUCAAGAAUCUAAUGAAGGAUAAAAAGGCCACGCCCGAAGAGCUUGCUACUUGGGACAUUAAACAGCUGGCCUUGAAGCUUACAGCCAACUCCAUGUACGGUUGUUUGGGUUAUACCCGGUCCCGUUUCUAUGCUCGGCCCCUCGCCAUCUUGACCACGCACAAGGGCCGAGAAAUUCUACGCAGCACCAAGGAUCUUGCCGAGAGCAAAUCUCUGCAAGUCAUCUACGGCGACACGGACUCCGUCAUGAUCAACGCCAACGUCGAUAACGUUGCAGACGCCUUCAAGGUCGGCAACGAGUUCAAGAAGGCCGUCAACGAGCAGUACAGGCUGCUGGAAAUUGACAUUGACAACGUGUUCCGUCGCAUCUUGCUGCAAGCCAAGAAGAAGUACGCCGCCAUUAACCUCAUUGAAAAGGAUGGUAAAUUCAUCGAGAAGAUGGAGGUGAAAGGUUUGGAUAUGAGGCGUCGUGAGUACUGUGCGCUCUCCAAGGAGGUCUCUAAGCAUCUGCUUGACGACAUCUUGUCUGGAGACGAUAUCGAGGUGUCCGUGGCCCGCAUCCACGAAUACCUGCGCGAUAUUGCCACCAAGAUGCGCGACUUUGCGAUCCCCGUGCCCAAGUACACCAUCUACACGCAGCUCGGAAAGAGCCCCAAGGAAUACCCCAAUGCCGACUCCAUGCCUCAAGUGCAAGUCGCCCUCCGCGACAUGGCCAGGGGCAAAACCGUCCGCAAGGGUGAUGUGAUUUCCUACAUUGUGACGGGCACCAGCCAAAGCUCGGAGCCUGCGCCGAAGCGUGCUUAUGCUCCGCCAGACCUCAAGGCUGAUCCCUCUUUGCAGCCCGACGUGGACUGGUACAUUGCCAAGCAGAUCUUCCCGCCUGUGGAACGUCUGUGUGCCAACAUUGCGGGCACCUCGACAUCGCAGCUGGCUGAACAGCUGGGCUUGGAUGUUCGCCGGUAUACAUCUACCCAAGCACAACAGAGCGGCUCGAGCGACGAUCUCGAAAUCCACCCUCUCGAGUCUCAGAUUCCCGACGAGGUCCGUUUCGUCGAUUGUAAACGCCUCGCUCUCCGCUGCCGCAAAUGCAAAGCCACUACUGACUUCGAAGGCCUUAUGGGUUCCCCUGAUCGCGUUACCGCGUCGGGCGUCACCUGCCCUGGCUGCGGUGCAGUUAUCCCGACCCUGUCUGUUGUAGCGCAGGUAGAGCAUGCGGUUCGCCUCCAGACGUCCCGGUACUACGAAGGCUGGCUCGUCUGUAAUGAUCCGCAGUGUGGCAACCGUACCCGGCAGAUGAGCGUCUACGGCACAUGCUGUUUGGGACCAAAGGGCCUGGCGCGUGACUGCACUGGCAAGAUGUUUUACGAGUAUACCGAAAAGGCAAUCUAUAACCAACUGGUUUACUUUGCCAGCUUGUGGGACGUAGACAAGGCAAAGACCAAGGCCGGCGAUGCCAACAAUGACCUGACGGCACAAGAACGGGAAAAGAUCCGGGCGAUGGCGGAGCACAACCGUGUACGCUUCACCACUGUCAAGACGGUUGUUGACAAGUAUCUGGAUAAGUGUGGCAGGCAAUGGGUCGCCAUGGACACGUUGUUUACGAAGCUUGGGUUCAGCAAGAUGCUGGGCUCUGUCUCGACUGCUGCUGUUGCCGCCUCAUAG